AUGAAACUGUUUGGAUUAAAAAGAAAACGCAAAGAAGGAAAAUAAUUUCGCGUAAAAAUUAAGAGUUUUGUGUCCGCUUUAAAAGUUCAGAUUAGCCAAAAAAAAAAUAAAUUAAUAGUAAAAAGCCUUUAAUUUUUUUUUUUGUAUUUUGCUGGUUCGGUGGCGGGUGGCGUAAAAUAAAAAAAUUUUUAGUUUUUUUUUUCUACAAUUUUUCUAUUUCAGUCUAACAUAUUGAAAUAUACGUACAUAUAUAGAAGAUUGCAUAAAAAAAUAAAAUAAAUUUUAUUAAUUUUUGUGAACAACGAACUCUGAAGAACAAAUUAAAAAAUAUUUUGUAUAAUAAAUGGAAUAUAAUAAAAACACAUAAAAUUAAAUAAAUAUAAUUACAACAAAUAUAAAAAAAGAAAUUAAAUAAAAAAAAAAUAAAUAACAAAGUAAAGGAAAAAAAUAUAACAGAAUCCGUUCUCUCAGUAAUGAGUUGACAUAAAAAGAGCUAGAUUAAAAUUUAAAAAAAAAAUUUCAGAUUUUCUCAUUUUUUUUUUUUGUUUCUUAAACACUGCAUUCCAAAAUACAGACCUCAGUUUAUAUAAAUUAAAAGGGGACUAAAACUACAAGAAUUAGAAUAAUAAAAUUUUCUAUGAUGAAAUAUUCGAAAUUACUGCCGGGCCAAUAUAUGAUUGGCCUUUUAUUGAUAUCAUGUACCCUAAUAAGUAUUACUACCGGUCAAUCAAAUUACGCUUCCCAUGCCAAUAAUAUUGAAUAUCAGGGUAAAGGUUUACCAGAAGAAGCGACACUUGAUGGCAAAGUAACGAAAUUGGAUGAUUUAAGUCCAAUUAUAUUUUUAAAUCGAACGAAAGCUGCCCUUAAUUGUGCUGCCGGUUCAAUGCAAAUUGCUUUAAAAUUUGAUCAACCAUUUUUUGGGAUAGCAUAUGCGGAUUUCGAUAGAAAUAGCGCUUGCCAAAUACUUGGUAAAGGUGAUUUAAGUUAUCAACUUGAGUUACCAUUAAAAGGAUGUGGUACAAUUCAGGAACCACAACGUGUUUUUACUAAUAAUAUUGUGGUACGAUUUCAUCCUGGUCUAGAAAUGGAUGGUGAUGAAAUAAUAACAAUUGUUUGCCGUUAUCCACCACCUAUACCAUCAGUUCCAGCAGCAAUCCCAUUGAUUAAUAAAUUGAUUACAACACCAUUUGUGGAGCCACCAUUAAAAGGAUUUCAGAUAUUAUUAAUUAUUUGUGCAAUUAUGUUCCUGACAUUAAUGUUACUUGGUUUAGGUGUAUCGUACUAUUGCCUACGCCGUAGACCAAUUCCUGUUGUUCGACGGCUUCCAAUGUCAAUGGGUACUGGAUCAGAAAUUACUAAAAUUAGUGGUAGCAGUAUGGGUAACAUAUCAACAUUUGAAGGACUUAAAAUACCUAGAGCACAUCCUCCAGUUGCAGUUGUACAUAGUUCGUCUGGAAGUGAAGAAAUUGUUAUUUCUGAUACAAUACCAUCAGAUUAUCCAAGUGAAUCUCAUUCAGAAAUUGAAGAGCUUGAUACCAGAUCACUGCCAUUUAGUUCAGCUGCUAGUUUUGAAAAUGCAGCUUAUAUUCCAGAUGCACAAAGUAUUUACAGUGAACAUUAUCUUCAUACUCAAGAAUUACAAGCAGCAAAUCCUGUUACAACCACUGCAAUACCAAUUGCUGCUAAAGAAUCAUCUCCUAAAUUCAAUGUUCAUGUCCGUGUUAAGCAUGCUGCACCACCACCACCCCCGUCUCCUCUUACCUCUGAUACUGAAAGUGUUAUAACUAAUGUUCCAAGAAAUAAUCUUUCAACUAUUGUUGAAACUCUUGAAGACCGUGAAAGUAUUAUUACUGUUGAUUCACUGCCUCCUCAUGAAGUAGCUCAUACCCAAUUUACAUAUGUUCCUGAGAUUCAUCCGGUACCAGUUCGUGAACCACCAGCCCCAGCUCCACCACAACCUGUCUUCUCUGUUUAUACUAGAACUCAUCGCGAAAUUGAAGAACGUCCACCAGAAACAUGGUCUGAAGAUUAUCCUGAUGCCGCACCAAUCAGUGAAACACGUAGCUUGGUUUCACUCGGUACCGAAAUGACAGAUACACAUUCGCUAUCAGAAAUGGUUGAUACAACUCAUUAUUAUGAAACUCAAAGACUACCAGAGCCGCCUAUUGUUGUGAAGAGUCCGAUUGUUUCUCAACAUAAUGUCGAUGAUGUAUUUUUGAGGACUAUAACAGAAAAGAAAACUAUUGAAGAUAUUGAAACACAUAAACGAAGAAUUACUGAAUACAAAGCUAAAUUACCUCCACCAGAUCCAACAUGGGAUGUUACUAUUAGAAAUUAUCCGGAAAAACCUGGCCCACAAUGGGAAGACUUCUCUGAUAUAUCUAGUGCUUCUGGAAUAAGCUUAACUCCGAAAAUGGAAAGAAGUGUUUUGAGUCUUCCACCACGUGAUCAAAUUGUUGAUAAAUCUAAGAAAUUACUAAGUCCAGAGCUUGUCGUCAACAUGAAACCAAUCGAAAUACCACCUGAAGAUACGACUGUACCAAACUGGGAUGUUUUAAUAAGGGUUUUGGAGGAUCCAGAUAUGCCACAACCAGAUGAUACAAGUUCAGUUCAUUCUAGUUCACAUCCAUUGACAAGACAAAUAAGUUAUGAAGAUAAAACUAAAUGGAAAGAAAUCAUUACCACUGAAUCAACUUUAAGAACUAUGUUAACUGAAGCUGUUGUAAGAGAAGAUUUUGAACGUAUACGAAAAGAUACACGUUACGAAUCAAUUUUCGAACCACAAACAUGGGAUGUUAUUAUAAGAAUUUUAGCCCCAACUGACGAUGACAUUGAAUUUAGAUUACCAAAACGAAAUGGACGUAAACAACCAUGGGAUACAAGAUCAAGACGUAGUUCAUUACCAACACUAUAUGAAUAUGACAGUGAUGGUGGCUCAAGUGUACGUACAAUACGUCAAGAUCCAAUUCAACCAAUAACAUCAAUUGGAUAUCCAGUUAGUAAUCGCUCAAGACGUACAUCACGUACAUCAUCAUAUGGACCAGAUAAUGUUGAUUUCCGUUCAAUGUCUGAAGUCACUGUAGAUUUUGGUCGACCAGAUAAUAUGUCUGAAGCUAGUAGUUAUUAUAGACCACAAAGUGGUUAUUUUGAUUCUGAACCUGGUUAUGAUCGUAGAUCAUUCCAUCGUUCAAUUAGUCAUCCAAGUUUAGCAAGAUCUGGCAGUGAAUUCACUGAACAUUGGAUUGCUGCUGAUAAUAUUUCAGAUAUAUCAUCAAAUGACGAAGGAUCACCGAGACAAAGUCGCAGACUUAUGCCAUUCAACCAGAGACGUAUUCCACCACCACCACCUCCAAGACCCGGACGAGGUACAACAAUAACAAGAUCAGAAUAUCAUGAAGAAAGAUUAAAUACAUAUCAGUCACAGGAGAGAACUCAUCCGAGAGAUUCAUCUCAACAAUGGUAGUCAAAAAUACAAAUUGUAUUGAAAAAUAAAAAAUUUCUAAAAAUAAUUUAUAAUAUAAAACACAAAUUGAUAGUUUUGCAUAAAAUGCAUUUACUAUCAAAAAAAAGGAAAUGAAAAUUUUUAUUUUAAACUGUAAUAUUAUAUUAAAUAUUAUAAUAGUCACAAUAAUAGUAAAAAAAUUAAACAUAAUGUGAAAUUUCCAGUAAGAUAUUAACAAAAACAAAAAAAUACUAACAUUGAAUUUUUAUAAUAUUAUUAAUAAUUCAAUAAUAGAGGGCAGUUUUAUUAAAAAUAAAACUAAUAAAAUUACAGAUGAAAUAUAUUGCCUUUAUUGUAAUAUUUUAAUUUUAAUACUGUAAUGAUAAGAUAUUUUGUAAUAAUAAAAAUAAUUAUUAGAAUGAAGACAUAAAGAAAAAUUAAAUUGUAAGUGGUUGCCUGCUUAUACAUAAACCUAAACUUCGACAAAUUUCAUUAUUAUUAAUUUUUUGAUUUAAUAUGAAAUAUUUUAAAUAGACAAGAAAUCUUCUUAAAAUUAAACUAAACAACAAUUUUUUGUAGCAAAUAUAAUACAAAUAUAAAUGGCGUUCUAUUUUAAAUGAAUAUGGUAUAAAAGAUAUAAGAAUUUUUGAACAACUUACUAUUAUUCAAUGUAUACAAAAUAAAUACAAAAAACAUUCAAAUAUUUGUUGAAAUAUUCAAAUCCUUAUUAUUUUAAUUUGAAAAAAUUAAUUUUAAAUUAACUCAAAUAUGUAUAAUAUCACGCCAUUCUUAAAUAGAAAAAUUUUCUCCAAAAUAAAAACGAAUUUAAAAAUUAAUAAAAUAAAAAGAAAUUUAAAAAUAAAGAAAAAUUAACAAAUCACACCUUUAUUCAGUAAUUUUAAUUUUUUCUUUGGAAAUUUUAAUCUUUUUAAUUUUUAUUUUGGAAUAAUUAAAAAAUUUUUGAAUUUUAUCAAUUAAAUUGUGCCAAUUAUUUUAAUACACUAAUACUGCGCUUUAAUUAUAUAUAAAAAUUUAAAAAAAAAGAAAAAAAAAACAACAAAAAUUAAAAUUAAAAAUAUUAAAUUGCAUUUUUAUUUUGUAAAAAUAUUAUUUUAUAGUUCAAGAAAUGUUCAAAAUUUACACAAAAUUUAAUUUUCAUCAUUUAAUUAUUUUGAACGAAAAGAAAGUAAGUACACAAGUUGUUUCCACCCUAAAACACCCGUCCUCAAGUUUCAUAUUCCUGGUUAAUUCAACUGCUAUGAUUAUCACCACAAAGAAUUUUUAGAACAAGAACUUUUACUGAAUACAAACUCAAUAAUGAAUAAUUUAAAAAACCCUGCUAAAAUUAAUUGUAACGCCACCUCAUGAAUUUCGCUAUUAAUUUUACAUUUCUUGUACUAUAAUUUUAUUAAUAAAUGUAUACGCAAUAUUAAAAAUAAAGAAGAUAUCUGCCAAUAUUAAAAAAAAAAAAAUAAAAGAAAAAUUAUUUUACUGUGAUAUAAAUGAAGACAAAAAAAAUGUACCAGAAUCUUUUUAUUUUAAAUGAACAAGUGAAAAAAAACCCUGCUGUAAUAAAAUAAAAAUGUAAAUUAAUUUUAUAAAUAAUAAACGCAUUGUAUACUUAAAUAACAGCUUAAAAUGUAAAACAUUAUAUUAAAAUUAGAAUUAAGAAAAUUAAAACAAUUUUUUUAUGUAAUUAAUUUUUAAUUUUAUAAAAUAGAAUAAAUUUUAAUAGCUAUCUGUGUAAAUCAUUGCUGUGCAAUUAUUAACUGGACAAGAUUGUACAGUCGGAUAUGUAGAUUGCAAAUACAAUUGCAAAUAAAAAAUUUCAUUUCGAAUAGAUUUGAGCAGUUGUUAACUUAAUUAACUAUCAAAAAACCGACCCAUAUAUUGUACAUGCAAUAUAUAGACAUAAUGAUUCCUAAAAAUCUGAUAUUUAUCAACCAUUCAAAUAACAAUAACAUUUUCAAUAUUUCAUAGUCUUAUUCCGCACAAAAUUUGGAUUUUUUUUUUGAUCUACAAAAGUAUACAAAUUAGAUGACAAUAUAAAUUGCCUAUUUGCAAUUAAUUAUACAUUUAUACGAAUUUAUAUACAAAAAAAUAAUUAAAUAGAUAGCUAUUAACUGUUAUUCAAAUAAAAAUUUACUUAAUUUUAAAAUAUUUUAUAAUUAAAAUUAAUCCUAUAAUAAAUAAAUACUCGUCUUAAAAUAAAUUAGAGUUUAAAAAACAAUUUUUUUUGUAUUUUUAAUUUUUAUUAAUUUAAUAAUAAAUUUAAUUUUAAAUUAAAACCUAAUAAAUUUUUGGAUAGGUGGCGGGUAUUUUCCAAUAUAGUGUAUAUUUUGUGUCUAUAUUAUUUCUUAAAUUUAGAUUUUUAUUUUAUCAUUUUUAAAAUAAAUUUGUAUCAGUACCUUAAUUGCAAGAUUUAACAAAUUCAAAAUAAAAUAAUCUAAUUUAAAUAAAAAAUUGAUGAUUCAAUUUUAAUAAAAUUAAAAUGAACGAUUCUUUUUCUGUUUCUAUUUAAUUUUAAAUUUUGUACUGAAAAUUUACAUACAAACUAUUAAUUUAAUCUAUUUAAAUAUCGUUAAAGUAUUCGUAUAGAUAUUUUAUUAUAUUAAAUUAAAUUAAAUUUUCCUAAAAUUAAAUACUGAAUACAUAAUUAUUAUGUUAAUAAUGACUAAAAAAAAAAUCUAUAAUUUCAUAAUAGACACAUUUUCAUAUGGAAUCUUUAAUUUUUUUUUUGAUACUGUUUACUCAAAUUUGAAAAUUAAAAUACAAUUAUUUUAAAUAUUUUAUAUUCUACAAUUAAUAUUAUAAUAUAGAAUUUAUAAAUUAGUAUAGAAAAAUAUUAAAAAUUUUAAAUUUGUUUUAUUUCUAAAUAUUCAAUUUUACAAUCCAUACUAUAUAACAUUCCUGGAAUAAAGUUAGAAAUGGCAAUUGGCAUAGUUUAAAACUAUUUUUUUUUUUAUCAACUAAAGCAUAAUUUUGAUAAUUUGCUUAAGUUGAAUUAAAAUAUUGUCAUUUCUGUCAUUUAUUCUUAUUUUUUAAGUUUUAAUUUUUGUAUGUAAUUUUUUUUUAUUUUAAUUUGCUAAUAAAAACUAUAAAUACAACAUUAAAGGAAAUUAUACAAUAGAAAUUUAAGUUUAAUCAAAUAAUAAUAAAUAUUAAUCCGUCCAGUGAUUGUAAUUAUAAAUGCUUCAAACACAAAAUAAAAAAGAAAAUAAUUAAUAAAUUUAAAAUGAAUUCAUUAAAACUUUGUAAUUAAAUUUUUCUUAUAUCUUUAUGUGUAAUCAAACCGUUUAUAAAUAAAAAUUUCUAUUAAAAAUGAAUAAUAAAAAUAAAUAAUAUAUACAAUGUAACAACAUAAA